AUGCUUGAGAUGAAGCGAAACGUUUUAUGCCUUGCGUUGUGUCUAGCAUUGUUAUGCAUUUGCACCAAUGGCCUGGGAAUUUACAAACUCGGAGAUGAAUUAAUUGUUAAUGGUAACAUGGAGUAUGACAACUGGGACUCCAAUUACCAAUGGUACCCACGAUUAUCCACUUUGACACAAAUCCCGGGUGUAGUAGGGCAGGCUGCAGCAAUCACGCCAUCUAUUGAUGAAAAUGGUUGGAUAGGUCAAAAUCUUUAUGGAGAUAGAGCACUAACGUUUGGAGGCCACUACUACAUGGAGGGCUAUCUAAAAGUUUUGAAUCACCCCGGAGGUCUAGACUGGUUUAACAUAGAUCUUAGAUUUCGUUACAUUGACAAAGAUUCAAUAUAUAGAUCUUUAACGAUUGGGGAAUACUUUCGAAUCAGAGAUUCAGAUGGCUGGGUCAAGAUUUCUGGAGAAUUUACUGUUCCAGAUAACUGUACCGAACAACGAGUGUUUAUCACAGGUGUCGCUAGUCCAAAUCUACAGUUUGCCGUUGACGAGUUUAGUUUGAAGCAAAUAAUUCCCGAUGAGGAUUGGGAAGCAGCCGCCAAUGAAAUGAUCGAUGAAUAUAGGAAAGGACAGGUGAAUGUUAAUGUGAAUAUCACUUACAAUUUAGACCCAAGCUAUGUUACAUUCGGGAUUAGACAGCUGAGCCACGAUUUCAAACUUGGAGCACAUAUUACUUCUCAAGUAUUCAACGGGACGUGGGUAACUGCGGAAGUUAGUGAAGCUUAUCGGAAUUAUUUCCACGAUAACUUCAACUCUGCGACACCAAACUUUAGGUUCAGAUGGAAUCAAGUCGAAAAAUUGGAGGGUGUUCUUGAUUAUACCCAUGUUGAUAAAGCCAUAUCAUCUUUAAAUGAACGAGGGGUGAACGUUAUUGGUUCCAACAUAUUCAGGGACCACGAAAAUCACAUGUUUCCAUUAUGGGCCAGCGAUAAGACAGAAACUGAAAAAAUCGACCUGAUGAAAAAGCGUGUCAAUGAUGUGGCGGCACAUUUCAGUGGGAAAGUUGAUACGUAUAUAGUCUGUCGAGACAAUCUCAGAAGAGGCUACUACCAACAGGCUACAGGUGAUUAUGACAUUAUUGACAAGAUGUUCGUUUGGAUGGAAGCAACGGGCGACCCGGCAACUCUAGUCAUCAGUGACACCAAUGUGAUACGAUCUUCGGAACGCACUUCAGCCCUUGCACAGCAAGCAAAGACACUAAAGGAUUCUGGUCACAAUCUUCAGAUUGGUGUCCAGGGGAUGUUUGAGGCUGCAUAUACUGUAGACCCUAUACGAUUGAUGGCUCGCUUUGACAUACUUGCUCAAGCUGAAUUACCAAUAUUGGUUACUCGGUUGAACAUACAACGUGUAGAUGUAAUGGAACGUGCCCGAGACCUUGAACAUUUUCUGAGAGUUGCAUUUGCACAUCCCAAUGUAGAUGGAAUCACCCUGGAGGGGUUCUGGGAUCAAAAAAUGCCUAGAGCAGACAGUAGCCUCGUGGAUACAGACGAUUUUGUGAUCAACAAAGCUGGUUGGACGUUAAGCAGAUUAUUUAAAAAAGAAUGGAGAACCGAUGGUAUCCUGACGCUUCCUGAGAAGUUUUUGUCACAGCAAACCGCCAGUUUCCGUGCAUUUUAUGGCGAGUAUGAAAUUGACGUGAUGGUUGAUGGUGAAGUCGUUGAUACUCGCACUUUUAGCGUUCACAAGGGAGUCCCAACUGAAAUUGACGUUGACAUUAACUCACCUAAUACAGUAUAGUGUGUAAAACAUUAACAUGUAUUUAUUCAUAUAGACGAUGAUAAAGUCAACUUUGAAAACAAA